AUGGUCCCUAAUGAAGUGCAUGAGUAUUCAGGAAUUGUAUACCUGCUUCAGCAUUUUGGUUGGACCUGGGUUGGACUCUUUGUUGUGGAUGAUGAUAGUGGAGCAUAUUUCCUGAAGACCUUCGAACCUUUGCUCUCCGAGAAGGGAAUCUGUUCUGACUUUACACUUCGAAUUCCAUGCCACACUCGAGUUGUUACCAACAGUGAAGAGGAUAUUAGGUUCAUGAAUAAGUUUGAAUCUGUCAUGAAUUCUACUGCCAGAGUUCUUGUUCAGUAUGGGGAUAUUACAACUAUUAUGUGGCUGAUCACCUUCAAGUACAUAUUGCUUCCUGAUGAUAAGGAAAGCGCUUUGGUUGGCAAAGUUUGGAUUAUGACAGCACAGAGUGAGUUGUUAGUAACAGGUGUUACUAGAAGACUGAAUUUAGAAAUGUUUCAAGGAACAAUCUCCUUCACUGUUCACUCAAAGCAGCCUCAAGGAUUCCAGGAAUAUCUUCAGAACUUAAGACCUCAGUGGACACAAGCAGAUGACUUCCUCCAUGUGUUCUGGGAACAAGCUUUUGAAUGUUCAUUUCCAAAUCCCCAGGAGCUAAUACAGGAUGUCAAAACAUGUCUUGGGGAAGAGAAGUUGGAAAGCCUUCCUAAAACUGUUUUUGAUAUGAAUAUGACUGGCCACAGCUAUAGCAUCUACAAUGCAGUCUAUGCUUUCGCACAUGCUCUGCACUCCAUGCACUCAUCCAGGGCCAAGCACAGAGCAAUGGUGCACGGGAAAUGGUUUCAUCUUGAAGAUCUUCAACCUUGGCAGCUUCACCCAUACCUUCAAGAAAACUCAUUUAAUAACUCAGUGGGAGAGCAAGUAUCUUUUAACAGUAAAGGAGAGAUAGAUUCUGGAUUUGAUAUAACCAAUAUGCUUCUAUUUCCCAACAACUCCUUUGUACAAAUGAAAGUUGGAAGGGUGGAUCCCAGAGCAGUCGACGGAAAACAAUUUAUCAUCCACGAAGACAUGUUUGAGUGGCAGAGAAUCUUUAAUCAGGUGCUUCCUGUUUCUGUCUGCACUGAGUCCUGCAAGUUGGGCUUCCAGAGGAGAAAGCAGGAAGGAAGGAAAUUUUGCUGCUUUGAUUGUGACCCAUGUCCAGAAGGGAAGAUUUCCAACCAAACAAACAUGGCUGAAUGUUUACAAUGCCCGGAUGAUUAUUACUCAAACAAGAGCAGAGACAGAUGCAUCCCCAAAGUGAUAACAUUUUUAUCUUAUCAAGAACCUCUAGGAAUUGGCCUGCUGUCAGUAGCACUUUCUUUUUCACUGGUCACAGCCUUGGUGCUUGGAACUUUUCUUAAGUACAAAGAUGCCCCCAUAGUGAAGGCCAACAACAGGGACCUCACCUACACUCUACUCACCUCCCUCCUGCUUUGCUUCCUCUGCUCCUUGAUUUUCCUUGGCCCACCUGGCCUGGUCAACUGCCUUAUUCGACAAGCUGCUUUUGGCACAAUCUUCUCCCUGGCCGUUUCCUGUGUAUUAGCAAAGACCGUCACUGUGGUGAUGGCUUUCAUGGAUACCAAGCCAGGGUCAAACACGAGAAAGUGGAUGGGGAGAAGGCUGUCUGCCCUUGUGGUCCUUACCUCCACUUUGAUCCAAGCAGGCAUUUGUGCCUUAUGGCUGGGAACUUUCCCCCCUUUCCCAAGUAUGAACAUGCAUUCCAUCACAGGGCAGAUCAUUGCAGAGUGCAACGAAGGCUCUGUCAUCAUGUUUUACUGUGUGCUGGGCUACUUGGGACUUCUGUCCAUCGUCAGCUUUGUGGUGGCUUUCCUUGCCAGGAAACUGCCUGACAGUUUCAAUGAAGCCAAGUUCAUCACCUUCAGCAUGCUGGUGUUUUGCAGCGUUUGGUUAUCAUUUGUUCCCACCUACCUGAGCACCAAGGGGAAGUACAUGGUGGCUGUGGAGAUCUUCUCCAUCUUAGCUUCCAGUGCUGGCUUACUGGGUUGCAUCUUUUCCCCCAAGUGCUAUAUAAUUUUGCUGAGGCCUGAGUUGAACAGCAAGGAAUGUCUAGUAAGGAGGAAGAAGUAA